AUGUCUGGCCGCGGUAAAACUGGAGGCAAAGGGCGCGCCAAGGCCAAGAUUCGUUCCUCCAGAGCCGGGCUCCAGUUCCCCGUCGGCCAUAUCCACCAGCUGCUGCGCAAAGGUCACUGUGCCGAGCGGGUCGGGGCCAGAGCCCCCGGCCAUCCUGGCCGCCGUCCUCGAGUACCCAAUGACCGAGAUCCUCGGGCUGGCUGGCAACACAGCCCGGGACAACAAGACCCGCAUCACCACCGACCCCCCCCCCGCCACCCGCAGCUCGCCAUCCGCAAUGACGAGCUCCACCAGCUGCUGGGAAGGGUCACCAUUACCCAGGGUGGGGUCCUGCCCAACACCGAGGCUGUGCUGCUGCCCAAGAAAACCGGCCAAGGGCGAGAUCGGAUAAAGAUCAAUAUCAUUGAACAUUCUGUGCAGUGA